CAUUUCAGAAAUGGCGGCUCAGCUGGGCGGUAUGUUCUCCGGGCAGCCACCGGGGCCCCCGCCACCCCCGCCGGGACUCCCGGGCCAGGCUUCGCUGCUUCAGGCCGCGCCAGGUGCCCCGAGAUCUUCUCCGAGUACCUUGGUGGAUGAGUUGGAGUCAUCUUUCGAGGCUUGCUUUGCUUCUUUAGUGAGUCAGGACUAUGUCAAUGGCACGGAUCAGGAAGAAAUUCGAACCGGUGUUGAUCAGUGUAUCCAGAAAUUUCUGGAUAUUGCGAGACAGACAGAGUGUUUUUUCCUACAGAAAAGAUUGCAGUUAUCUGUCCAGAAACCAGAGCAAGUUAUCAAAGAGGAUGUCUCGGAACUAAGGAACGAGCUACAGCGGAAGGAUGCUCUGGUCCAGAAGCACGUGACCAAGCUCCGGCAUUGGCAGCAGGUGCUGGAGGACAUCAGCGCGCAGCGUAAAAAGCCAGCUGAUGUCCCGCAGGGCUCGCUGGCCUACCUGGAGCAGGCUUCUGCUAACAUCCCUGCACCUAUGAAGCAAACCUGAGUUAGAGCCGGCCUGAACCGGGCUACUGUAUGAGUCAGCCUAAGCCCAGGGUUUUUGCCAACACCACUUACUGAGGACAGUUCGU